CCGUGGGACACGAGGGCAGGAUGAACGUGGGGACGGCGCACAGCGAGGUGAACCCCAACACCCGCGUCAUGAACAGCCGCGGCAUCUGGCUGUCCUACGUGCUGGGCAUCGGGCUGCUGCACGUCGUGCUGCUCAGCAUCCCCUUCUUCAGCGUCCCCGUGGUCUGGACCCUCACCAACAUCAUCCACAACCUGAGCAUGUACAUCUUCCUGCACACCGUGAAGGGAACCCCCUUCGAGACCCCGGACCAGGGCAAGGCCCGGCUGCUCACGCACUGGGAGCAGAUGGAUUACGGAGUCCAGUUCACCGCCUCCCGCAAGUUCCUCACCAUCAUGCCCAUCGUCCUGUAUUUUCUAACCAGCUUUUACACCAAGUACGACCGGAUACACUUCAUCAUCAACACCAUCUCCCUCAUGAGCGUCCUGAUCCCCAAACUGCCUCAGUUCCACGGAGUCCGGAUCUUUGGGAUCAACAAGUACUGAGCGGCGUGGCUGGAGCAGACGGCGGAGGAGCGGGGAAAGGGGGAAUUCCUUCUCCCCAGCCCUGUUUCCUCCCCCCACGCAGACUGGGAUGUGAUUUCGGAGUGGCUGUCCAAAGGCAGAUCCCAACAGACACAUUCCGCAUGCUGGAUCCUCGUGCCCAAUAAAUCCAAACCAGCUCCAGAGUAGAGUUUAGUGCGGAGCAGGACACGCGACACCGGAUUUCUCUUAUCCCAGUGUCACCAGUAGAUGCAAAACCACCGAGACUUGGAGGUACAACGAGGAUGAAUUCUGGGAAGAGCCUCAUCUGUCCCAGACAUGGAAUGACAAGGACAGGGGUGAGGGGAAAAGCUUUUAGUGCUGGUACUAUUGCUGUGGUAAAUGCACUUUAAAAUACCUUUCCCUUCCUGAAGCCGGGUGCUUUGAGCAGUACAUGGGGGAAAUCCAAAGGGAUACAGCCAGACUUUCCCAGGACUGGAUUGUUUUGGGGUCUGAGUUCCAGUUUUAGGCAGAUCUGAACGACAGAUUUUUAUUUUGCAGUCUUUGACACCACUGAGAAGGGAAGUUCUUUUCCUAAAAACAGCACAGGAAGGAACAACCUGCAGUUUGACAAAGCUUCCACUUUCCUACAGCACCAUCCAUGUGGUCCAGGGAAAAGGUGGAUAGAUCCCAAAUCAUGCUCGUUUUUUUCAGUUUAUACCCAAAUCUGUCCAGGUAACUCUUCUCCCCACCCCACUGCUGGUUUUUAAGCACAGGAGGGCUCAGGGGGCAUUUGGAUCAAGGGCUGGGGGUGGAUGAUUUAAUGAUUGACAACAGAUGCCACUGAGCUCUUUGGGACACGGACAUGGACAUGGAGGGGUGUGGGAGAGGCUCACACUGGCCAGGUACAGGCCCAACGAGGUGGAAGCCUGAUUGCUCUAAUCAAGCACACAGCCAUCCUUGACUUUAAUUGGAAUUUUUCUCCUCAGUCCAGCUCCUUGGUUAAGUUCAUGUGACUGGGAUUUGCCAGUUCUCCAGUUAUCCAUGGACUUGAGGGAAGUGAGGGUUGGAUUUCUGGCUUUCCUGGAAGUCUGUCCCUCAGCUCCACACCCCAGGGCUGCGUGAGGAGCAGCAGCAGCAGCAGAUGAAUUGACCAGCAGAGGGAUUCAGUGGGUCACUGAUAAGAGAUUAUUU